GGCUUCUGGAAGGGCGUCGCGCAUUGCGCGAGCAUUGUCCUAACAUGCUCAAUGAUCGACCUCUGCGCGGCCUCCUAACAUGGCGACAAACACGACCAAUGUCGUGUCACCUGACAUGCGGUGUUUAGUCUGCAAUGUGAGGGCCUCGAACAAAGAGCGUGACAUUUCCACUUUUCGUCCAGUGUUAGGGGGCCUUAGUCCGCCGCUUACUAAUCUACACGGUCUUCCAAUGUUAGGCCAAUGUUAGGCGCUGCCACAACCCAGUUUGUCCCCAGUGACUGCUGUCCGCCAUCCUUACAUCCAUCCGCUCCUUUGUUUGCUCUAUCUGCUUCGGUAUGCUUUCCGUACGCAGUGCUCGAGCUCUCAAGCCGCGUAUCGCAACAUCUCAAGCACGGAGAGCCAUUUCCGUCCAGACAAUACUGCAUGGAUCACCCGAGGCGAAGCAGGAGGGCGACGUCCAGGUUCAGCAACAUUCUAAAGUCGUGGCGCGAGGGAAGUACGUGCACGGCUUCGAGGUCCACAAGGUGAAGCCCGACUCCGUCGAGGAUUACAGGAAGGCGGCCGAGCAGUAUUAUUCUGCUAUCAAAGACGACCCGGAGCUACACGUCAAGCUGACAGGUAGCUGGGAGACCGUUGUUGGGGAACAAGACACGUUUGUCCACAUUCUGGAAUACGAAAACUACAGUGGUUAUGACAAGACCACCAAGAAGAUUCGGGACUCUGACUAUAUCAAAGCAUACCGAAAUAUGUUACCUCAUCUCGUCUCCCGUAACUCGCAAUUGAACCAGGAGUUUGCGAUAUUACCGACGGCACCGCCCCAUUCUGAAGGGGGCAUCUUCGAGCUUCGCACCUAUCAAUUGCAGCCGGGAACCUUGCUGCAAUGGGAGCACACCUGGCGCAAAGGGAUCGAGGCCCGCCGACAGUUUGUGGAACCAGUCGGUGCUUGGUUCUCCCAGGUUGGACGCCUUCACCAAGUUCAUCACAUGUGGCAAUAUCCUGACCUUCAGACCCGCAAAGAGACGCGGGAGAAGGCUUGGAAGCUGGAUGGAUGGGCCGAGACUGCAUCGAAGACGGCCGAGUAUUCCAUGCUGAUGGAUUCGAUAAUACUAGAGCCGCUACCGUAUAGCCCCCUGAAAUGAACGCAGUCUAUAGCAUCCGGCAGUCUUCAUUCAACGGAUUUGGAUGGCCAGUUCUGGAUUCAGCCACAGGGUCGCACAGCGGAGGAGUUGGGUAUUGCAAGGGUAUUGCCCGGGAGGAGUGCUUGUAGCGCGUUGAUAUCGUCGGCACCUGGCGUGUAUGUAAAACUUGAGUUACGAAGCUCUGAUUGCUGUUUGAGUACA